CAGUCGAGAUUCUCUAUGAAAAACACCUUCCCUUUCGAUUUUCAAGCGGUCUGCCGAGGGGAAGCACUUUCAGGUUUUGUGUUAUUUCUGAGAAAUAUGACAUCCCUUAUUGCUAGGGAGAUUUGGGACUGAUCAGUGAACCAUUUCAACCAUUUCGACAUUCUCGAAUCUAGCGGCUAGCCUCCUUUGGGAGUAACAAGAUUUUUCAGUUUCAGAGGCAAAACGAACAUGAUCCUUUGUUAUUGUUCAACAUUUUUAGCUUGUGCGGAAGUCCAGUAACAAGCAGAAAACCAAAUAUGUUGAAAGCUCAUCGAAAGUUGCUAAUGAAAAGGCGUGUUGACCUUGUAAAGGACUUAGAACCAAAUGAAAUCGUCGGCUACUUGUUCCAAGAGAGAAUUUUGACUGAAAAUGAUGUAGAUUUGAUUAAAGCUGAGAAGACCAGACGGUCAAGGGCGGAACUUUUCCUCGAUACAAUUCCAAGAAAAGGGCCGAAAGCGUUCGCCGAAUUUGUAAAAAUUUUACAGCAAAAUGUAGGGACCAGACAUUUAGUUGGAAUUCUUGAUGACAGUCACAUGGGAAGUGAUGAAGUGGACAGUGCAACUAAGAAACACGAGCAAGGGAAGAAAAUCGAAGCCACAGCUGGAAGCACUGAUAGGUACCCUAUGACACACACACCUCGUGGAACUUGCUUGAUAAUAAACAACAAAGAAUUCGUGGGUGACAUUUCUGAUAGAAUUGGUUCUGACAUAGAUGCAAAGAAUUUAAAAGAGCUUUUUUCUUCUUUAAACUUUACCACAAGAAUGGUUAAGAAUGCCUCAGUUGGAGAUAUGAAGAAGUUAAUAUGGGAACUGGCCAGCAUGGAUCAUGUUACAACUGACUGUUUGAUAGUGUGUCUUCUUAGCCAUGGGGUUUCUGGUAAAAUUUAUGGAUCAGAUGGAGAGUUGAUACAUCUUUCAGAAUUGCUUAAUCCGCUUCUAAGGUGUGAGGACAAUCCAGAGCUUGCUAAUAAGCCGAAGUUAUUCUUCAUACAGGCAUGUCGGGUCUCCAAAGUUGUAACUGUAGAUGCAAGCGAAGCUGCAAAAAAGAAGAUCCAUUCGUAUGAAGUUGUCCUUCAUGGCGAUCCUGGUUGCACAACAAAGCAGACAACUCCAAACGAGGCACAAGAAUCGUCUGAGUUAUUUGUUCAAGAUGUUGUUGCCCCGAUGCAAGCAAACAUUCUCAUGUCGUAUUCAACGUUGCCUGGACAUGCCGCCUGGCGAAAUUUUGAAACCGGCUCCUGGUUUGUCGAUGCACUGGUCGACGUCUUCAAUAAAUACGUUUCACAAGAAGAUAUCUUAAGUAUGCUUAUAAAAGUAAAUGAUGCUGUCUCAAAAAGAGUAUCAUCUAUUUCACAGUCAAGACAAAUACCGGCACCUAUAGUGACCUUAACAAAGAAACUUUACCUAAAAGUCUAGUAAAGCUUCCUCUGACAUAGAGAAUUAGGCCAUGAUACGAACACCAUGAAAGCUUGUUGUUUGGCUGUUGUUUGGCUCCUUGCAUACGAAGAAGUUCUUCUUUGUAUCGAGUGCAUUGAUUGACGCCUGGCCUUGCCUACGAUUGCUGAAAUACUUUAAAAAAAUUGAAUAUGGAAUGUAAACACUGUUUUUGGAAAACUUAUUUGUUACCAGUGAUGUUCACAUUUCCUUCGCGGUCUCGAAGCAAUUGCACUGGACUGAUUAUGGUAGUGAAGGUUUAAGAGCUUACGAACUUGCUUGAAUGUCUGUGUUACCUUUUCUGAAUCAUUUUCCGCAAUAAUGUAGCUAAUUGGACAUGCACACCGAUGGGAAGUCUAUUAAUCUUCCAAUCGAUCAUAUCUGCUUUGAAAAUAUGUACGUCUCUACUUGUUUAAAUUGUGACUAUCACUAGAUUAAGCCAUGAGUUGGCAAAUAUGAUUUAGUAUCAAUGUACACUUAAAUAAAACUAGUUUUAGUUUGUUGGCGGAAAAGGCGCAUUCUAUUUUUGGUGACAAAGUAAUCUUUCUGCCAAGUCUACCUCUCUCUGGAUUUCCCUCUUAUAUAUAACUCCCACCAUUGUGGUAAAUAUUUAUUUCUGAGACCUUUUUCGGCAUUUUGUAUCGCGCGGAAUUGUUUGUUGAGUUUGCCAUUCAAAAUGAGGCUGUUUUUGCUCCCUUAUCAAUGAAGCUCCAGUGAGCGUUACAUUAAAGUCUUUAUCAAGAGACCACCACUAGUGAUUUCGAAAAGGCGAUUCGGCGCAGAUUAAGCAUGACGUCGUUCUGUUUUCUUCUACACAGCGUUGCCUCUUUUGCUUUUUCAUGUUGGCGAUGCAGCUGUAGACGUCUGUUAACGAUACGGUUUAAUCACAACUGUAACAUGUUGUGAUUACAAAAUUGCUAGAAGACUAUUUUAAACCUUUCAUACGUUUGAAGUUGUAUAAUUUAUACUUAACUCUUUGGAUGUUUACAACCUGUCUUGAUGAUAUCUAAGAAUUAAUUGCCAAAAAAUAGUUUCUCCUUAUAACUAUUUACAAAAAAAAUUUUCUCUGCAAAUUGUCACGCAUCUUUAGUGACUGUCCCGUUAUUAUUAGCGCACAUUAUAAAUUUUUGGGUGCAAAACUGCAUAACGUAGGUUAAUCUGUAUAAAGCUUCAAUUAAACGAAUUACUUUCAGUUUGAUACCAACAACCAUUCUUUAAACAAUUAAUAUAGUGUAGUCUCAUCAAUUGGAAUCGAUCCUGCCUUUACCUAAGUUAGAGAUGUUGACCUAAUUUUCGUACUUUAGCCUUUCUGUAUUCCAGGUGUACGAAUGUUGAGUCAUUAAAUCAAUUUUGAAAACGCGUUGAAUUUCUAUUAGUUACAUAAGGUACCGAAAGAAGGAAAAUAUGAAUUCUAAGGACAUUGGUUUGCGUGAGGGAGCAUCAACUCAACAUGCAAAGACACCGAAAACGGAAUUCUCUUUAUUGCCGCCACAUUUAAAUAGAAGAAGGCGAUCGAGUCUUCUCGUUUCCUUCUUUUAAUCUUAAAGAUUAAAUACUACCACUCUCUAGGAGUGAUGUACAAUGCCACGAUAAAGCGUUAAUCCUUCUUUCUGCUGAUUAUUUUCCUAGAUUUGCUAAAAAAUCUUUGGUAUUCUUUUUUUCAGCGGACUUUCUUUAUUCAAGCAGUCGUGAAUCAAAGUUUAGCACGUGUACUGCAUCAGCCAAUCAACUUGCAAAAUUUUGUCCAAUCAACUGCCAGAUGAAAGUCUGGGGUCUAGUUUCAAGGUAAUGACCUCAUUGUCUUGUUUUAUGUUACAAGAAACAAAACAGCUAAAUCAUGAAUUUCGAUGAAACUUUUAAUCAAAGGUGGAAUGAUAUUACAAUUCUAAAAGAAAAUCCUUGAAAUUAGGAUUUCCUAGAUUAAUAUUAGGGUGCAUUGCAUCAGAAGAGGUCAAAACACGAAACUUGAUUGCUUCAGCUCCAGUCAUGACCCAUACCUGACCCUCAGUGGUAAAAAAAUUCGCAUUCAGCUGUCUCAAAGGCAGCUCCUUUGAUGUAUUGUACCAGUUUCAAGUUGAUCUUAUAUCAAACUCAUUGAGAACGACCGCGGUAAUAAAAAAUAACUUCUUUAUUCAACCUUGAGACAAUGGCUUGACGUUGAGAAUUUCCUUCACAGCAGCAUCGGGUCAAUCUUUGCCUGCCACCUGGCACAUUAUUUUUGCUUAUAUUAGAGAUUCAAAUUUUCUAGAAAGGUCUUUUUCAACAACUUUGCCGUGGCAAACUAGUGAGCAGUGAGAUAUUGUCUUAUGUGCCGUGGAAAAUUCUUUAAUGUCACCAAAUUGGUCAAAUAAAACAGGUCCAGGUUUCACACUAAGUGAAUAAAAUAUUCUAUUUUAUCAUGAAAAGUUUUUUCGUGUUUAUUUGAUUCCUAUUCAAGAUACUUUGAUGUGAACGUCUUUGUAUUUUGAAUAUUAGCUACAUAGUUUCUUUUUUAACUUUAUCUGAUAGUGGUGUGCCCCGUGAUAUUUUCAAUUAAAACAAUGUGCCGUGGAUAAAAAAGGGUUGAAAACACUGUUCUAGAAAAAGCAAUGGUUUCUGCGUAAAUUGUACAGGUAUUGUCAUUAAACAACUCGAGUUAGUUCUUUUCUACAAGACAAGCAGUUUGUAUCAGAUUCUAUACCUCAGUUCUUUACGACUGCACGUACGGAAACCUCACUGUUGCAGAGAUGUUAUUCAGAAAAUGAUUGAGAAAUUUAAUGGAUGACUUGCCUCUCACAGUGGCAAUUCAGUCUUUUUUGCAGCCUAUGUUAUUCUCUCAUGAGCGGCGUUUUGUCUUGAGAUGUCCCGCAAACAAAACUGAAAAGCCUCGUAGGAACGCAGCGCCGUUACCGUUAGAUACCCGCUCAAUUUGAUUGAAAUAACAGAAGCACUGCAAGUCAAACAGCCAUAUUGAAUGGACAUAGACUGAUAACGUCAGAUGAUGUGAUUAAUAAAAGUUGUCGAUGCUGUUACAGAAGGCCGUUAUGAUGAAAUCUAAAAAUUCAGCUCCCGGACAUUUUCUCCAUGAUGCAACUGGCUUAGAAAUAUUUCGAGGAAAUACGUUUUCAAUUAAAAAAGCGAAAAUGGAAAUGAAUGCUGUGUUAGUCAAAUUAUUGUUACUGAUUGUAUUGCUGCCAUGAGUUAAGAUUGGAUUGAAAUGAUGGAAAUGAAGACAUAAAAGGAAGAUUAAGGCUAUAUAUCCGUUCUUUGAAAAUUGAAUUAAGAAAACCAUUUUGUAAGAUAACUAGUUACAAAAUGAAGAUUUUUCAUUCUUUAAUGUCCAAACUUUCAAAGCCAAUUUACAAAGUCUUAAUUUUAAACCCUUCGAAGCAAGAAGCCCAAAAAUUCACUUCAUCACUUUAUGAAAACAUUUAAAAAAUUCAAGAUUGAUUGAAAUUCUCCAACUUGUGACACCUGUCCUAUUGAGAUUUAAAUGUGAUGUUUAAAGCUCAUUUACGGACACGAAAAUGCAAACGGUGAUAAAUCAUGAAAGGAUUUUAGGCUCUCAUAAGAUCAAUGGUGACGACAUAGCCAGGAAGGCUUGUUGCCAGGUUUCUACUAAAAUGCCUUACCACAGGACAAGUUAUAGAGACUAGACAUAAAUAGAUUCUUGCAAUGUUCUUAAAGAUAGCUUAACUAUCUGCUGUCGCUGGUGAAAUGAUUAUUCAACCUGGUUUGCGCAGUGUUUCAAUUUGAGAUCUAGCCUGAGAAUUAGGCGAAGACUGGCCUAUUUGAAAAAGUUCAAAAUGUCUCAUUGAGCAUUUUCUAUGCUGGAAAUAUUUUAUUUUUAGAUGUUUCAAGUUUAUGAACUUGCUUAAAGAUUUGUAUUGGCUGACCCCGCUGCAUCAAAUUAACGGACAAUUUUCAACUAUAUUCUGAAAUUUGUAAAUUCCCUAGGAAGCUUAAAAAAGGUUUAAGCAAAUUGAAGAAAGAUGAUAAAAGUAUAAGAAAAUGGCAAAUGGUGGAUUUCACAAUAAUUUUUAGGCCACCCAUGAAUUCAAAUUAACAAUAAAAAAUUAAGCUGUUAACAGUCAAAGCUAGACAGGGUAUGAAAAUGAAAGAAGGGGAAAAUGGAAGGUGCAAAAGUUUUAGAAAGUUUCGCUAGUUGGUAUUUGUUAGAUGAACAUUACUGAGUGGAGAAUAAAUAUGUGUUUAUAGAAGGUUCUAGAUGCUGGCAUGUUCAGAGACAGCUUCGCUGUGCGACUUUCUUCUGCAAUGGGAAAAGGAUAUUUCAAACAAAUAUGCAGCAGGGGUUACUAACGGGAUUAUAGUCGAAUGAAUUGCACGGAGGAAUGCCAUGCAAUGCAUAUCUUAGUAUAUCCUGGUUUAUGCAGAAGCUUACUUAGUAUUUAGUCCGAUUUGGCCAAGAACAGGUAGUUUAAUUAGCAGACGUUUGAAAAUCUAAAUGAGCAAGCAAGAAUCUUGGAUUCAUAAGAAAAGGAAUCGGCAAUAUUGACACUGUUGCAACGGCAUUUUAUUGCGUCUUAGAAAGCUAUCAUUUGAAGGUUAGUGCGCCUUUUUAAUUAUUUUUGUUUGAAAUUUACAAUUAAUCAAGAUAGAUAGUCCAUGUCCAGUUGAUCGACACAAGGUAAGUGAGCAAGUCAGAACUCUGUUCAUUUAUUAUUUUUCGCGUGAAAUUCCGCAGUUAAAGGCACUUAUUGCCUAUUUCCUUUCUUAAACAGAAUUUCUUCCAUACUUUAGAAUCAGCAAUACCCGUGUAAUCAUCGUCAAUCAUCAUCGUAAUCAAUCAAUCAAACAACUUAUCAGUCAAUCAAUAAUUAGCAAUAUCAUUAACAUCAUCAUUGUUAUCCUUCUUCAGUGUGAUCAAUCAGUCAAUCAUAACAGUCAAUCAAUCAGCCAACCAAUCAAUCAUUACAAUCAUGAAUCAAUCAUCAUUAUCAUUAGCAUCAUAAAUUUUCAUCACCAUCAUUUGUCUUGGGGGGUUGACCCCAUCCAAAGCUCGCAAGCAAUGAUCAUAAUUAUUUUCUGACAAGGCCAACCUUGUGCAGUAUUUCAAUAAUGUUGCCAACACAGAACCCGUGCCUUUUAAUUUCACAUUGCGUUAUUGAUACUAUGCAAAUGCAAUUAAGAAUUCUGCAUUCUCCAUUUACUUUGAAUGCACCGUAAUCCAUGUUAAUCCAUGGGACAUCUUUGACGCCUGACCUCCAAGAACACUUGCACUGAAUGCAGCAUACGUCGAAUGCAAUGCGUAAGGAACACAUAUAACAAGGCCAACAUCCUGCUGCUUUCAUUAGAGAGGCAUUUGAAAGUCGCAUUAGAUUGCAGGGAAAUACAUUGAUAAUAGCAAUAUGUAAUGAAUGGAUCAGCAUGUGAUGUGGCAUUCCAUGCAUCAGAAUUAAUGCCAUUACCGAUGAAGCACUCUUGCGUGGUACUCAGGUGAAAAAAAAAUUAAAAGUAGAAGAGAAAUGCUAUUUUGCACCCGUAGCAGGAUAAAAAAUGUAUUCCAAAAUUCAGCAUUGUCCCAAAAAGUGAUUUGUACCUUUAAUCUAAAAAAGUCCAAGCACCGGACAACCCCUCAACUUUAUUAGUGAUUCUUUAAAUCACUUUUCCCUUAUUCAGCACACCAAUUAAAUUCAAUUGCUUUGAUGUGUCUGAAAUAUUGAAAUGAUUUGAAAUGUAAGCUUCUGCAAACCCAAAAUUUGUUUUAAGUGAUUGUCUGUCGCUUUUUGUGCAAUUAGUCAACUAUGAUUGAUUCUCAGCAUAAUCUGCCCUGUCAGCAUUUUUCAACAUUAAACGCCAAGAACUUUAUGUUUCCCUCUUACGUGGUUGGCGACCUUCGUGAGAAUUUUCUCAAUGUUGUAACAAGGCCUACUUGGAGCAUCCAGUGUUGCAAAAUACUGAGAAAGCAGCUUGGUGAUUAAACAGAAGGCAAGUACGUCGACAAAAAAGACAUCGUGAUAGUAGUAUUCCAUCUUCUAUUGACGUGAAUCCAUUUCAGAAUAUUGACAUUCUACUUUUCGACAAAACUGGGAUACUACGUUAGUUCUAUUUCAAAGGCGAGUUCUUUUGAUUUCCAAUUGUGCUUCUGGUAUCAUUUUUCAAAUCUUCUACGAGCAGCAAUAACUGAAGAGACUACCUUAAUGGGCUACAAAAACAAAGUAACAUCCUCUUUAUUACCAAAAAGUAUAGUUGAAUGGUCAGUUUGAGACAAGGUUUUUGUUAGUUCCAAAUGUAAUUGACUGGUUGUUUACGGUGAUAAAUUGAACAUUCAUUCGUAAAUUUUCUUUUCAUGAGUUUAGAAGCCACACAACACAUUCGAUAAGCAAAAAACCUUCAAAGCAAUCUCUUUGUUUAAUAUCUUCUCAGAACUUAUCAUUUAGUAAAUUUGAAUAAUUUUCUUAAAGCUUAAAAGGUAUUAAUUAGUUCGACACACAAUAGUUGCUUUUGAGGUAGCUUCAUAUAUAUCUUGAAAAAUGGAUCUAAACACUGCACAAUGAAACAAUAUGUAUAUUGAACAGAAGUUUACUAUACGGUUCAAUCUUGAAAAAUGUGUCCCGGAAACUAUGCUGAGCCAGUUAUAUUCAAACUAUGAACAACAGUCAAGUAAAGGUUGACUGAAUACAGUGAAACAAAGCACUUGUAUAUUAACCCAGAGACGGUCGUUGCAUCCGUAUUCACUCAAUUAUUGCAGACUUAGCAUAAAUUUAUUACCCAGACGGAUAAUCAUCAAGAGGCUUCCUGUCUUUACCAUCUCAUCCAAUCAUAUAAUUAAUCAUAAUCCAUCUUGGUUUUUAGUCUUUUACAACAACUUUAAAUGGAAAAAAGAGAACACUCUAUUGUGCUAAUGAUUCCUCACUAACCAA